GCCAUCCAACAACAACGCACGCGGCGAGGCCGGACACAAACGCGAGGGCAGCCUGCCGCCCACGUGCUCCACAGCUUCAUACAAGCAGCGGGCGCUCGGACGUAGCGCCUCGCAACACCAAAAUGAGCACCCCCUCGUCGACGCUGCCCCCCACGGGCAUGUGGGACCUCCUCAUCAGGAACGUCACGCGCGACGCGUCGCCCCUGUCUCAUGCCGAGCUCGAGCUCCUGCGACAGACGCGCCAGGAGCUGGGGCCGGAGCGCUGGAAGCAGCUGCUGGCGGUCGCGCGGGACGAGUCGAAUCGGCGACGACGCGAGGGCCACAAGCUGUUCCUCCCCACGCCCGGAGACAAACCGUGGUCGCCGACGACGAUUCCGCCGCCGCGGACGAACAACAUCAAGCCGGCGUUCGGCUCCGAGGAUUUCAAGGCGCCGCCGCGGCGGACGAUGACGGCGCGGCCCGCCGUGACGCCGUCGAAGCCGGACGCGGCGGCCCGCGCGGGCGCCGCGGCGGCGCGCGCGCCGACGUCGCCCGCCGCAACAGCCGCCGCUAGCGCCAGGAAGCGCCAGCUCGCCGACGCGCGCGCCGUCGCGGCCUGCGCGUCGGCCGCCCGCAAGCGGGCCAUCGCCGACGCCCGCGAGAGCCGCCGCGCGCUGCAAGCGCUCGAAGCGACGCUCGACAAGCGCGACGCGGAGCUGAAGGAGGCCCGGGCGGCCGCGGCGAAGGCGACGGCCGAGAACGACGCGCUGCGCGAGAAGUUGCGCGCGGCGUCGCUAAAGGACUCGAUCAAGGAGCACGCCGGCGUGUCGUUGAGACGCCUCGACUCGGCGCGCGGCGCGGCCCUUCUAGCUGCCGCGGUCGUCGUCGACUCGGCGAACGAGGAGGGCUGCCCCGCGGCCGCGAAGCUCGCCCUCGCCGCGGCCGAGGACCACCUCCGCGCGUUCGCGAGCGCCGCGCUGGCCGUGGCCGAGAAGUUCGGCGGCGCGGCGCCGCCGACACGUGCAGCUUCGAGCGGCGGCGCGACGGAUGCCGCCGCCGACGCGCAGCAUUACGCGGCGCUCGCGGAACACCUCGACCGCGAGUCGGCGGCCGUGCCGGGGGCGGCGGCGGCGCCGACGACGCUGCCGUCGCGCGAGGGGCCCAAGGGGGCUUGGAGAUAA